GCAUAAAUUCGGUUCAGUCAGUGCCAAUUUGAGUUUGCUGGGAGUUUCGCGGGCUGCUGUAUUUAAAGAAUACUUUCUCCCGUGAAGAAAAACAGCCAAAACAAGAUGCCAGGAGAGAGACUGUCAAUCCGAGAUAACUCUGCUGUCGGCCGGUUCCACGGUGUUUCUGCCAGCAAUGGCCAGGCCGUCCCAGAGAGACAAAGCGAGUCCAAAAUGAAGAAAGAAGAGAGCGGAUGCCGGCGUUGGUUUCGGAGGGCCUGUCCGUGUUGCUUCCGGCGUCAGAACAGCUCGAUUGAUGUGACCUGUGACACUGACGGUGUGACUACUGGGGGCGGAGAGAAUGAAGAGCCCAAGUCUCCGAUGACUGUCACUGGAGAUACAGAGCUGGACGAGUUGACUCUAGCAGUGCGCUCUGUGGAUCUGCUCAGUCGGAAAUCCGAUCGGAACAAGACGGAGCAUCACACGGAUCAAUACCACAGCGACCAGCUCAUCGUCCGCAGAGGCCAGACUUUCCAAAUAGAACUCGACCUCUCACGAACUUUCAACCCAAACACAGAUAAACUUCACUUGGAACUGAAGACAGGGCCGCUCCCGCAGGUGUCGAAGAAGACACACGUCAUCAUACCGCUGGUGGACGAGCUCCAGGAUGAACGCUGGGAGGCCAAGAUUGUGGAGCAGAAUAUCAACCGGGUCAAGCUGUCCGUCAACUCCCCCGUCACCGCUGUUAUCGGGAAGUACAAGCUGACCAUCACAACGCAAUGCCUGAAGACGAGCGAAACUACCACGUUUGACUCCGACAAAGACAUUUAUAUGCUCUUCAAUCCCUGGUGUGAAGAUGACACAGUGUACAUGGAGAGUGAGAAAGAGCUGAAGGAGUAUGUCUUAAAUGACACUGGAAGGAUCUACUAUGGCACUGAGAAGCAGAUCGGAGCUCGUACAUGGAACUUCGGCCAGUUUGAUGAAGGAAUUCUGGAGGCCUGUCUGUUUGUGCUGGAUAACAGCGAGGUUCCUCCAUCGGGCAGAGGAGAUCCGGUCAGUGUGGUCCGAGUCAUUUCUGCCAUGGUGAAUUCCCCGGAUGACCGUGGCGUGCUGGAGGGAAACUGGUCUGGGAAUUACACGGGUGGGACGUCUCCCACGGCCUGGAGUGGAAGUGUUGAAAUCCUCAGGCAAUACCACAAAGAAGGAGGAACGCCAGUCAAAUACGGCCAGUGCUGGGUGUUUUCUGGGGUCACGACCACAGUAUUGAGAUGUCUAGGUAUUCCGACCCGCUCCGUGACUAAUUUCCAGUCUGCCCAUGAUACGGAUGUGUCCUUGACAACAGAUGUGUAUUUUGAUGAGAACAUGGAGCCAAUCCAUCAUCUCAACUCGGACUCUGUAUGGAACUUCCAUGUGUGGAACGAUUGCUGGAUGGCCCGUCCGGAUCUGCCUCCAGGUUUGGGCGGCUGGCAGGCCGUGGACUCCACACCCCAGGAGACCAGUCACGGGACGUUCCGCUGUGGCCCGGCGUCACUUGCCGCUGUCCGCUCUGGACAGGUGUACCUUAAAUUCGACACACCUUUCGUCUUCGCUGAGGUGAACAGUGAUAAGAUCUACUGGCAGAGGAACCUGGAUGGCACCUUCAGUCAGAUCCACAGUGAGAAGAAAGCAGUCGGUCACUGCAUCAGCACUAAGGCGGUGGGCUCCGACGAGCGUGUCGACAUCACACACCUUUACAAAUAUCCUGAAGACUCGGAGGAGGAGCGUAUCGCAGUGGAAACCGCCUGUCGCUAUGGCAGUAAACCCGACGUCUACUCCAGUCCCAUUGCUGAGGACGUGCGGGUGGAGGUGAUGAUGGACGGAGAAGGUCCACGCAUGGGAGGAGACGCUCAGCUGAAGAUCGUGGUGAAGAACACCAGCUCUCAGCCGCGCAGAACCACCCUCCACAGCCAGGUGGCAGUCAUGUACUACACCGGCGUGCUGAAGGACACUGUGAAGAAGGACACGCUUAAUGUGGAGCUCAAGCCACAGGAAGAGAAGGUCAUUGACUGGGUGCUGCCAUACACACAGUAUCAGAAUCAGCUGGUGGACCAGGCCGCGCUCAUGCUGACCCUGUCGGGACGGGUCAGUGAGACCCAGCAGGUUUUGGCCAAUCAGACCAGCUUUAGGCUCCGAACACCUGAUCUCAACAUUGAGCCUAUAGGAGAGGCUUAUGUGGGCAAGGAGAUGUCCGCGAAGAUCACCUUCACAAAUCCUCUGCCUUGUGCUCUCCGUAAUGUGGUUAUCCGAGUGGAAGGACUGGGACUGAGAGACCUCCAUCCCAUCAAAAUCGGUGAUGUGAGUAAACAUGCCAAUGUGACGGUGACGGAGCACUUCAUCCCCACGAUAGCAGGCAAGAGGAAGCUGGUGGCGUCUCUGGACUGCAGACAGCUGUCACAGGUGCACGGCGUGGCCGACAUCGACGUUCACGAGAGCCAGUGAAUUCAGUCUGCUCUUCGGACUUCACAGUAUUAUAUCUGCAUUAUAACGGCACAAACCGUUUUUAUGUAGUUUACGCUGAGCCGUAUGGUUAAUCUUAAAGAAAUAACCCUCUUUUUCACAUACAAGCGUUCCUACUGUACGUCCAUAAUUUGAAGUUUGUUUUUAUUUCAUUUUAGACAUUAUUUAUUUAAAAAAAGGCAUUUGCUAUACUGUGUGAAUUAACUGUUGUUAGGUUUAGUUGAUCAAAUGUUUCUCUUCACCACUAUAAAAAGAAAGCUCUUAUAUAUUAACAUAUGGUUAUUAAAAUUGUAUUUAUUUUAUUCAUCUAAUAUAUAUAUAUUAUUGUGGAUACACACAUGUAGCCUAUGCAUUUAAUUUCUAAGCACCUGUACUAACUUAUAUUGAAUACUGUUCGCAAUAAUGACUAUUAUGGAUUAAUUUAAUGUGUCUUCCAGGAAAUGAUUAACAUUAAUAUUGAAUUAAUAUUGAGUUACAUUGGACUGAUGCAAAAUUCUGUUGCAUCGUCACUUAAUUUUGCUGUUAUAAAGACUAUAAACUAACACUAUGCCUGUGCAGUUCAACUAUGAAAGCAUAUGAAGUAGGGUGUGCGAUCUAUAUUAUCUAUGAUAACAAUAUAUUUGAGAUUAUCAAGUAUAUUGCAAAAACACACCCAGAAAGUGCACACAUACACUGAGAUGCAGGUUAGACUACUUCACAAGCACAUGUUAAACGGUGUGAUUUAUUCUAUUAAAAUACAUUUCGAAUUUCCCCAAAAUUCAAGUCAAAGGGGCAAAUAUGACUUUUACAUGUCUUUUAUAUUUAUAUUAGCUGAUACAGUUAAUAUCACAAGGAGUACUUUUUUCUCUCCAAAUAUCAGUACGAUUACAAAUGUUACAUUGAUUUUAUAAAACAGUCCAAUAAAUUAGAAGUUACAGUAAUAUUAAUUGAAGGUGUUUGCUCUAUUUCGUCAAUGAAAAUAUAUUUUUUUGUCUCUGAGCAAAGCAACAGUGAUUUUUUUUCUCUUUUUUUCCUGAAUUUAUCAGCAGUUUUAAUGAAUCGGUUGAAUGAAUGACUCUCUCAUGCAGUGAUUUAAGGUGUAGAUUUAAAGUAUAUUUUCCCUUUCCUCCAGAAUCAUUUCAGAUAUGAACAACUAACAUUCUGUUUACAUUAAACAUUAUUUAUGCAUUUGUAACUGCGGGUGAAAUGCAUUCAUGUCCUGUAUUAAAGAUUCUGUGUAAAUGCAUCUAAAUGCCACUUUAGAUGCAGAUUCUGUGCCUUGCAUUGCAACACAAAUUUUGUUGAUAUGGAUUUCAUUUGAUUGUAGUGUUUUAUCAUUUGAAUUUGUUGAUUAAAUGUAAGAAUUUGACACAAAGGAUUAUGCAUACAUUUAAUAAGGUUAGAAAUCAAUGUAAACUUAUUGGAAAAGUAAAUUUCUUGCAGACUAACCACCUAACAGAAUAUGAAGCUUUGGGGGUUCUGUGUCCACAGCAGUCCUAAACCUGCCAGAAUACCAGCACAAUAACAUGCUCAGCAAAACAUUGUCUAAUUAUCGAUAUCGACAAAAUUCCAGAAAAUAUUGGGAUUUUUUUGUCAUUAUCGCACACCCCUAAUUUUCACGAUACACUCACACUUUAAGGCAUAUUAGGUUUUUAUGAAGGAGAUAAAAGUAGUUACAUGUUUGAAUUAGGUAUGUUUUAAUAGCAUUUUAUUAACACCAUAUUCUGUUUUCUGUGGGAGUUUUUUUUUUUUUUGACAAUGUUUCUUUCGCCUGCUUUUUUCACUCCCUUGUGUUUGAAUUUGAACUUAUGUCAUCUGUGAUUAAAUGGAUUCAUUUUCAUAUCAAUUGAUUCAUACAUGGAUAGUGUUGAAUGUGUAUGUAUAUAUAUAAUUCUUUUCUGCAUUGCACCCCUGCUUCAUCUUGUUUCCUAUUCUGGCUUGAAUAAAUAAAUAUGUUCGUAAUGUCAUA